AUGAAUAGGAACAAGGAAGUGAUGAUGGACGAUGAACGCGAGCGAUUGAUUCUCCGCAAUCAUCACGAGGGAGGAGCCGCGUCCUCGACAUCAUCGUCGUCGUCGUUUUAUUGGUCGAGGAAGAAGACGUUCAUCGCGAUCGCGUUAGCCGUCGGCGCCGGUGUUGCGAUCGCUACCGGAAAUACUACGACUACUUCGAGUCCUCGCGGGAGUGUUGGUGCGGCGAAUACUGCUGUUGCUGGAGGAGGCCACCGAAGGCCGCGCGGUAUCUUGCCCUCGGCCAAGUUAGGGGUGAUCAGUGAAGGCGUCGCCGCGAACGCACCCGUCGGCGGGAAAAACCAUUUUUUCAACGGGUUAAUCGUUCGCGAGGACGAGAGGGCGUUGUUGCAGAAGUACACGACGAAGAUUCCGUCGAGGAGAGAGAUUGAGAAGAUGGAAACCGAGGAAGCGGCGGCGGCGAGUUUAGGCGGAUACGAUGAUACUCGUCGACGGGAAGGACAAGGAAGCGAGGACGAUACCGCCUUUGCGAACGCGGAGGCGGCUGGAUUAGGCGCUAUGCCGAGAAGAAGCUGGAAGAAGUCGUCGGAGAAGGCGAAAGAAGAGCAAUCGCGAGAGACGAAAGAGUUUUUAGCGGCACUCGGUGAAGUGGAGAAACCGUCGCCGGCGUUGCUGGAAGCGGCGACGAAGUUGUUGAGAGAGAAGCACGGCGAAGAGACGCCAUUGGACGCCAAGCAGCAACGAGAUGCGGAAGAAAUGACGGCAAAUACGAUCGCGCUGGUCAGAGCGGAGAAAAGCGUCGUCGCGCAGAGUAAGAAGAAGAAAGGUUCUUCUGAAACCUCUGAACCUUCUUCUACCACCAUCUCGUCGCCGACGGAGGAUAAAAAAGAAGAUGUUGACAAAAUUAAGCCUUCUCAGCCGCAGUCUUUGCUCGAAAUCGCGCAGAACUUUUUGAAGAGCGAAGAAGAGGCAAAAGCACGAGCCGAGGCGGAGAUUGAAGCCGCGGCGAAAGAGGAGAGAAAAGAAGGAGUAGAAGGACAACCAAGCGAGGAGAAAAAAGAGGAUGAAGGAAAAGUAGAGGCCUCCGCGGAAGAAGAGGACGACAAACCGUCGCCAAAAGCUAUCGAGUUUGCCAAGUUACUGUUAGCAGGCGAGGUUAAGAAAGUCGAACCGGCUGAUGGUAACGAAGCGGAAGCGAAAAAGAUAGACGGCGUGCUUGGAAAGCCUACGCCGGAGAUUUUAGCCGCCGCGAGACAAAUGCUUUUAAAAGCUGGCGUGAAUCUCGACGCGGAGAAAUCUUUUGCAUCGACGUCGGCAUUGAAGUCCACCACAGUGAAAGAGAUGACUUCGACCUUACGAGAUAAGUCGAUAGCCUCCGCUCAAGACGAGGAAGGAAAAAAGAUUCCGAAACGAUCGUGGGUACCCAAGUUGGGCGAAGAUACGGAUGACGCGAACAAAGCGGUGGCGGCGGCGGCGGCGGAUUCCUCUGAAGCGUCGACGCCUCUUGAAAGUACAAACAACGACAACAACAACAACAUCAACAACGAGCAGCAAGAAGAAGGAGAACCAGCUCAAGGUCAACAAGUGCACGAGAUGCCGAAAACUGAGGAUGUAGUUGCGGAAGCCGCCAAUGAGAUUGCCGCGGAAAAUGAAGAGCGCAAAGAAGGAGGAGAACAACAACAAGAACAAAAAGAACAAGAACAACAGCAGCAAGAGCAAAAAGACGGACAAGAACAACAGCAGCAACAAGAACCAGAACAACAACCAGAAGCUGGCGUUAUGCCGAAAGCCGAGGAGCAAGUACAGGACAACGCUCAAGUUGAGGAAGAACGCAAAGAAGAAGGACAGGAUCGACCGGUGGUGUACCUUUCGCAAGUGCCGAUAAAGGAAAAGGAAGUCAAAGCACAACAAUACGCGCAAGAACAUCAAGCGCAAGAAGCGAAUGUUGGAGUCGACGAGCAAAAAGAAGAAGGCCAACUCAAAAUCCCUAGAAUCUUGGCCGAUAACGUGAAGUUGAUUGACGGCGACGGGAGAGAGUACAUGCAACCGAAAGCGCACGAACUUUGGAACAACGGCAAGACAUUAUUCGUAUACCCCCAAACUGAAGCGCAAAAGAAAAAGCCGAUCCCGGACGCGACUGACUUGCACGCGUUCGUCAUCACGCUCGACAAACGCUUAGAUUUGGAUUCUGCGGAUAGCGAUACUGAUACGACCAUGUGGGAGCGCACGCAAGAGCGCUUGAAAGAGAUUCCAUUGAUUCACGCGGAGAAAUCCCCAGGCGUGGACCCGAAAGCGUGGCCGCAAAGCGGUUUGCAAGAAGCAUUAUACGCAACUGGUUUCGCGCGUUUGUUUUGGAACAUUCAUCAAAACGAUCCGUUGUACGCCGAUUUACCUCCCGAACGUCGCACGGUUGCCGAACUUCCUUGGAUCGGAGAGGUGGAAAAGCGAGACCAAAACGGAUACUUUCGCGCGCAAUCGCAAGGUUUAUCCCACCACUACGGAUGUCUGUACGCGCACUUAUACCAGUGGCAGAAAAUUAAAGAUACAGGUUUGAAAAAGGCGCUGAUUUUAGAAUCUGACGGAUUGAGUUUAACCAGAGUGCCUUUGGAGUCCAUCCCGUCCGUCGCGAAACAAAUGCCCGGCGACGCGGACUUUGUCACGUUGCAGUUGUAUCCGUACGAACCCGCCGGCGUGGAACGACGCAACGUAGAAAUCAAACACCCAACUUCCGGCGAGCACAAAACAUACUCCUUCGACAAACUCAACUACCAUCCGCAACAAGGCUACGCCGGCUUAGCCUCGUACAUCGCCACGGACACGUUCGUCGAGAAAAUCCAACACUUUUUAGCUUUACACGGCGCGGACAUGAUCGACGGGUACAUUUUGAACAAGCUGUGCACGACGUCUUACAACAACGAAGAGGCGAAAAACAUCGCUUGGACUAUGUAUGACAUGCAAAAGUACACGCACCCGUUCGAUCCGCAAAAUCCGACGCCGACUAUUUUGAACUGCUACAAAGCGUUGGCGGAUCCGGAGUAUUAUCACGACUUGAACAUUCGCAUGGAAGCGGAAGCGCGAGCGGAUUAG